AUGUCUAAUUACAUGUUAGAGGAUAAUAUACCCUCUGUGCAUGAUGAUGAAUUUUCUGGCUAUGAGGAACUGAAACCACUUAGAUCUGGCAAAUUAUCUGCUUGUAAAACAAAGAAGCGAAAAAAACGUGAUAAUUCCAGUAUAUAUGCGCAUAACUCUUCAACUAGAAAUAUGCUUGGCUAUCUUUGGUCAAAGCAUCAAAUUGAUAAAGACUAUCCUGAGGGAACCAACACUAAUAGCUCAAUUAUUAAAGUGAUGCAUAUUAUUACAAAAUGGAAGCAGGAAAAAAUAAUGCAAUUAUUAGUUGAAUUUAUCAUUGAAGAUUGUCAACCUUUUCACAUUUUACAAAGUAAAGCUUUUCAUCAUCUCCUAAACUAUAUGGAGGCUAGAUUUCAAAUUCCUUGUAAACAGACUGUGAAAAAAAUGAUACAAAUCAAGAGUAUAUCAGGGUUACAGUGA